GUCUGCCGACGGACGCGCGUGCACGCUGUGUCUGAGCCUGCCCGCUGCACGGCGUGACGUCGUCGUCGUGGUGCUCAAGUGCGUGCGCGUGGUGGCGGCUAGAGCGUGACAUGCGCGCCUAGCCAGUCAAGUCAAGUGUGCGGUUCCCAGUGUGUGUGCUGUGAUAUGAUACGUGUUGUGUCCCCGCCGUGCUAACGCCGUGCUUACGCCGCGCCAGUGACCAUGGAUACGUCGGCAGGAGCGGGCAGGGACGCCCGGUUCAACCUGGGGUACAACAGCAUGUCCCUGCUGGGGGGCGACACCUCCCCGGACAUGUACGGCAGCGGCCGGUCGUCGGCGACCUCCCUGAGCAGCCACAGCCCCUCCGGGAUGUCCCGGUCGGGCAUGGGCGGCCUGUCGGGGUCCUGCGCGCCGGGCGGCGGCGGCCUGUCCCGCGGACUCAAGCGCUCGUCCUCGGACGUGUGCUUUCUGGACCAGGACGUGACGGGGCGGCCGCUGGACUGCGGGUCCGACCUCAUGGACGACGGGUUCUCCCCCGCGCCCCAGAAGAGCGGCCCGCCCCCCAACGGCAAGAAGACCAAGGGGCGGGUCAAGAUCAAAAUGGAAUACAUCGACAACAAGCUCAGGAGAUACACCACCUUUUCCAAACGGAAGACUGGCAUAAUGAAAAAGGCGUACGAGCUGUCGACGCUGACGGGGACGCAAGUGAUGCUGCUCGUGGCGUCCGAGACGGGCCACGUGUACACGUUCGCCACGCGCAAGCUGCAGCCCAUGAUCACGUCGGAGGCCGGCAAGGCCCUCAUCCAGACGUGCCUCAACUCGCCGGACCCCUGCCCGUCGUCGGGCGGCAGCAGCGGCAACGGCGGCAGCGACCAGCGCAUGAGCGCCACGGGCUUCGAGGAGACGGAGCUGUCGUACAACAUCGGCGACGACGAGCAGAAAGUAAGGCACCUCGUGUACGGCCACGGCGGCCACGGCGGCCAGGGUGGCCUCUCGCACGGCGGCCACGGCACGCACGCUCAGCAGCAGCACAUGAUGGGCGGCGGCAUGUACCACCAGCACCCCGAGCACCACAUGUACCCCUCCCCCUCGCACCUCCUCCCCUGCCCCUCGCCACAGCCCCUCGUGCUGCCCCCCUACCACCAGCCCUGCCCCUCCCCCCUGCCGCAGCAGCAGCAGCAGCCCCCGCAGCCCCAGCACGGCGGCGGGGGCAGCUACGGCCUGGCGCACAUGUCCCACGCGCACCCGCAGCGGUAGGGCAGCGCAAAUUUAAAUAUUUUCUAAUUUUUUUAAAAAUAUAUUUUGAUAGAAAUUUUAUGAACAAUUUUUAAACGUAAAUAUAUUUUUAUAGAAAUAUGUUGUUUUUUGAAAUUGUAUUUUUCUGUUUUUGCAAAGUGAGAAUCUAUGACCAAAAGGGGUAGCCGAACAUGGCUGAAUAAGUCUUUUACAAACACUUUUACACGUAAAAAUAUUUUUUAUAAAAACUUUAUUGCUGUUUUCAUACGUUGUUUUUUCCUGUUUUUUGCAAUGUGAAAAUGUAUGACCAAAAGUUGUGGCCGAGCAUGGUCGAAUAAGUCUGGCUGUGUGCGUCUCCGCGUCGCCGUCUGGCGUGGUCCGCGGCCGGCGGCGGUCGGUGCGGGGGCAGUGGCUUGGCGGGGCGGCCUGGCAGCGCUCCCAGCGCUCAUAAAUUCAUUUCCUCAACCGAGUCAUCUCGUGAAUCCCCUUUACUUGCCCCAAGGAAGGGGCCCGAAGCAGGGGGCGCCAGCACGUAUUGUGUGCCGUCCCGGGACGGGUAAAUUUAGGACACUUUUUUGACCUUAAAAAUACACUCCGAUUUCUUACAUUCGCAAAAUAAAGUGAAGAAUUUUAUAAAUGAAUGCUCAACGUCGUGUUUAAAAACGGUUCCCCUUGUAAAAGCAUUCCUUCCCAUCUUUCGUCUCCGUCCAAUCCCAAGACUCCCCUGACCGCCAGCGCGAGCAGUUGCAUCGACCAAACUCCGUUCUCCGCACAUCCAUAGAUUUCUAGAUUUUUGAUUCUUAAAUUUCCGUCAUAAUCUUUGGUCACAACCUAACCGUGUUUUCGCGGAGAGGGAUGCCCGGUCGAUGCAGCUGCUCUGGCUGGCCUUUUGAUUGUUUGUGAUGUGAUCUUGCUGCUGCCGGUGUAGUGCAUGUGUUUGUUGCGUAGAAGUAGUAUUGCCAGCACGGUAGCGCGAGGAGGGCGCUGAGGUUAAGGCCUAAAUUUACCCGAAUGGCUAAACAUAGCUUCAAUGGGCUUGCCUUCCCUUCUGGUGCAGUUAUUGGGAACGACGCUCGCGCCGCCCAGCGGACGAAACUAGAACUGCCUCUUCUUCGCCAACGCGCGCGCAAAAUUUCUAGUUUUUUGAACUUAUUUUUCCACAAAGACAUUCCUGUAGUGAGUCACGUGAUAUAUAUUUGUUAAGUUAUUUUGUUAAUGUGUCAUUUUUGUAACGUAGUGGGGAAGAGAGCAUUUAGAGUGCCGUUUUUGUUGUUGUUGUUUUUUUUAAACGAAAUGUAAAGGAUUGGCUUAUGUGGGAUGCGCCACCGGCGGCCACAGCUCUAGCCGCGUGGCCGCCGUGGCUUCCUCCCCGGCGUUGGCACACUGCCACCAACGUGGUGAGCGGCUCCCUUGAACGCCAUCUGCCCACCUUGUUUUUCUGCAAAGUAACAUUUGCAAAGUUUCCUUUUAAAAUUUGAAGUAUUUGAAGAAUUCACACGUUUCCGAUGUUUGCCUCAACCGCCUCUCGCUCUGCCCUGCUCGGUGUUUUGUUUAUGCACGCAUGUUCCCGUGAGCUCAACGCCAGAAUGAGUCCGGUCAAGGAGUUUGUUUUUCUUGAAAGUCACUGUUAUCUCGCUAAAAUAAAUUAUUUUCCUAUAUUCGAUUAUUAAGAAAUAAUGUCAUCGAACCCUCGACUUGACUGAUCCUGAAAUUGAGCUCACGGCCGUUUGGUUUUGUAGUGUUUGACUUGGGUUGAGAAUACCAGCCAACCUGCGAUCUUCUUCUGAUUUUGGUGUCAAAUGUUGUCAAAUUGUUUCGACGUCUCCGUGAUCGCUAUUUUAGGGUAAGUGCAAUCCCUCUGUUGUACACUUGUGAACGCAGAAAGAAACUUGUUGAUGUGUUUACCUAUUUUAUUAGAGUAUAAUCGUAUCUGCACGCGGUUUAUACUUUAAGGCCAAAGUGGUAGUUGUUUAGGCUGGUUGGCUGGUUGUUAUAUUAGAGGCAGCUUGCGUCGGUCAGCGUGACAUGGUUCGUAUGCCUUGGUGUGUUUGUUCGGCCAGACCCCACGCUCUGAGGAGGCUCUCUUUAUAGUGUCCCCUUCCAAAGAUCGAAUGGCACAACCAAACCUGUCUCAGACUUUCGGAAACAUUCUCCUCCUCUCUUAGUGUCUCUGGUUCGUCCCAUUUGACCUCCUGAGAGCGUCGGGCCUUUGCCACCCCCUUUUUAGCAUGUUGUUGAUGUUGUUGUUGUUGUGUGGCGAGCUUAUUAGUCAUGCCUGCACGUACUGCUCUCUGUACGUCUUGUUAAUGAUUGUGAUUAUUAGUCAAGAUUAUAAUUUAUUAAUUUUGUUA